AUGUCUUACCGAAACAACAGUACACAGCGUUCUCAGUUCUCGCCCAACAUGCCCGGGCGCACAACCCUUCCCGUCAAUUCUGCUUCCCGUAGUGACAGACAAGAUGACGGUUCAGCCGCCAACAACGAAGACAUAUCCAACAACACAGUACAUCGUUGCGCCAGAUGUUAUAUUGUCUGCAAUUCUGCCGACGAGCUCAGUGUUCAUUCCUUGGCUUGUGGCGUCGCGGCUAUUCUCACAGGAAUGUUUACGCCCUUCGAAUACCCAGGAUCAUCAGGUCCGCCAGCGUUGUUCGAAAAUACCACCUCUUCUCAGGUGGUAGAUCAAACGUCCAUUUGCGCCAGCGGCCUCGAACCUCGCCUGCGUUCUCAACAUGAGCGCGCUAGAGAACCUCAACCUCACAAACCGCUCGAUGCUGCAUCAUCUCCAGAGCUUGCUCGGUAUUCCGAUGGAGGUUCCACUAAACCCCGCGGCUUUACUGGUCGUAGUUCCAACGCACAUGAUGUAUUUCAUCCCGAGCCUGUCGGACACUCAGCGCACGUUCGUGGCACGCCCGCUGCAGACCCUGGAAACCUCACUGAUCACCAGCCUCGUCGUUCUGGAUGGUAUGCUAAGCCCCCGAAGGAUUACAGGCAGUAG